AUGCGUGUAUGUUCAGUUGCUGGGUGUAACAGCCAAGAUCGUGAUAUUAAAGUGAAACUUUUCAGUGUCACAAAUGCUAAUAAAUCAUCUUGGGAUGCUGCAGUACGUAGUUCAAUAAGUAAUCAGGUAAAAGACCUGAAGUAUGUUUGUUUAGAACAUUUUUUACCUGAAGAUAUUUGUACUACAUAUGCAUUACCAUUAGACGUAAUUGAAGAAUUUGGGCAGAAAAAAGUGUUUAAAUUGAAGAAGGGGGCUAUUCCCUCGUUAUUCAAUCAAAUAGACUCUAAACAAGUACUCUCUCAUGGUAUUGAAUACCAAGCACCAACUCAAUCCUUUAGAAGAGAACUCUUUACAGUAUAA